UAAACUAAUCAUCCAUCAAGACUCAAGACCAACCAUGGAUGAAGAAUACGACGUCAUAGUUCUCGGCACGGGCCUCAAGGAAUGCAUUCUCAGUGGCCUCCUUUCUGUCAACGGCCUCAAAGUGCUGCAUAUGGAUAGAAAUGAGUAUUAUGGUGGGGAAUCCACUUCACUUAAUCUGCACCAGCUUUGGAAGCGAUUUAGAGACGGUGACAUGCCUCCGGAGCAGUUGGGCUCAAGCAAAGAGUACAAUGUUGACAUGAUCCCUAAGUUCAUGAUGGCCAAUGGCGCUCUUGUUCGCGUCCUUAUCCAUACUGAUGUAACAAAAUAUCUGAAUUUCAAGGCCGUGGAUGGUAAUUUUGUGUACAACAAAGGGAAGAUCCACAAAGUACCUGCUAAUGAUGUGGAAGCUCUUAAAUCUCCACUUAUGGGGUUGUUUGAGAAGCGUCGGGCCCGCAAGUUUUUCAUAUAUGUCCAAGACUAUGAGGAUAGUGAUCCAAAAUCCCAUGAGGGCCUUGACCUCAACAAAGUUACCGCAAGAGACCUCAUUUCGAAGUAUGGACUAGAUGACAACACGGUUGACUUCAUCGGACAUGCUCUAGCGCUUUACCGUGAUGAUGCUUACUUGGACGAGCCGGCUUUGGAUUUUGUGAAGAGGGUUAAGUUGUAUGCAGAGUCCUUAGCUCGCUUUCAGGGAGGGUCUCCUUAUAUCUAUCCCCACUAUGGCCUAGGAGAGCUUCCCCAGGGAUUUGCUCGGCUUAGUGCUGUUUAUGGUGGCACCUACAUGCUUGGCAAGCCAGAAUGCAAGGUAGAGUUUGAUGAGAACGGAAGGGCUUUUGGAGUGACUUCAGAAGGAGAAACUGCAAGAUGCAAAAAAGUUGUAUGUGAUCCGUCAUAUCUCCCUGACAAGGUAAAGAAGGUUGGGAAAGUUGCUCGUGCAAUAUGUAUUAUGAGUCAACCCAUUCCACACACCAAUGAUUCUCAUUCAGCUCAGGUUAUUCUGCCCCAGAAGCAACUUGGACGUAAAUCAGACACGUACCUGUUUUGCUGUUCAUAUUCCCACAACAUAGCUCCAAAAGGGAAAUACAUUGCUUUUGUGUUGACUGAGGCAGAGACUGAUGAUCCUAAAGUGGAAUUGAAGCCUGGCAUUGAUCUCCUUGGACCUGUAGAUGAAAUUUUCUUCGAUAUGUAUGAUAGAUUUGAACCUACAAACCAGAACGAUGCUGAUAAUUGUUUCAUAUCCACAAGUUAUGAUGCAACAACUCACUUUGAGACCACAGUACAGGAUGUGAUUGCCAUGUACAGCAAAAUAACUGGAAAGGAUCUGGAUUUAUCUGUGGAUUUGAGUGCUGCCAGCGCUGCUGCUGAUUCAGAAGAAUGAAAUUUAGGCUUUUGCCACAAGUUGGGACUAGUGGAUGAGGAGCUUCAAGGGUCUUGUGCACCCUUUUUCUUGUUCUUUACUUAUCAAACACUUUUUUUUUGUCUUUGCUCGUGGUCCGAUUCUUGUUGUGGGUUGUUUACAAUUUUGUAGUUUUGUACUUUGAAAAGAUUCUGCUCCU